AUUGAAGAAGCAGACAUGGAGGGUCCUAAGGAGAUCUUCCUUGCAGACUACAAGAUGCCUUAUUAUUUCUUUGACAUGGUGGAUCUGAAAGUUGCAUUGAGAGAGGAUAAAACAACUGUACUGUCGAGAAUAGUUGUUUGCCCCAGAGUUGAUGGCAUGCAAUUGCCUUUGGUUUUGGAUGGACACGACCUUAAAUUGAUUUCGAUCAAAGUAAAUGGAAAAGAGGUGGAGAAAGAAUGCUUUCAGCUGACUCCACAACAUCUUACAUUGUUGUCUCCUCCUUCAUCUUCAUUCACAUUGGAGUUGGAGACGGAGAUUUAUCCACUAAAAAAUACAACUUUAGAGGGUCUCUACAAGUCAUCUUCCACCUUUUGCACUCAAUGUGAAGCAGAAGGUUUCCGCAAAAUUACUUUCUAUCAGGACCGUCCAGAUGUCAUGGCAAAGUUCACUACUAGAAUUGAGGCUGAUAAGGAGUUAUACCCUGUGCUGUUAUCUAAUGGAAAUCUCAUAGACCAGGGGGAUCUUGAGGAUGGAAGGCACUAUGCUGUCUGGGAAGACCCUUUCAAAAAGCCUUGCUAUCUGUUUGCUUUAGUAGCAGGGCAAUUGGUUAGUACAGAUACUAUAUUUACUACACAAUCAGGUCGCCAGGUUUCAAUUCACAUUUGGACUCCUGCACAAGAUGCAUGCAAGACAGCUCAUGCCAUGUACUCUCUAAAGGCAGCCAUGAAGUGGGAUGAAGAAGUCUUUGGUUUGGAGUAUGAUCUUGAUCUGUAUAACAUUGUGGCAGUCCCAGAUUCUAGGGGAGCUAUGGAGAACAAAAGCCUUAAUAUAUUCAAUUCAAACCUUAUUUUGGCAUCUCCAGAAACUGCAACAGAUGCAGAUUAUGAUCUAAUCCUGCGUUGUAUUGGUCAUGAGUAUUUCCACAACUGGACAGGCAACAGAGUAACAUGCCGUGAUUGGUUUCAGCUAAGUUUGAAGGAAGGCCUUACAUGUUUUAGAGAUCAGGAGUUCUCAUCAGACAUGGGCAAUUGUGGUGUUAACCGAAUUGCAAAUGUUACAUCUCUUCGUAAACAUCAGUUUCCUCAGGAUGCUGGUCCAAUGGCUCACUCUGUACGGCCACAUUCAUAUAUUAAGAUAGACAACUUUUAUACAGCCACGGUCUAUGAAAAGGGUGCAGAAAUUGUCAGAAUGUACGACACCUUGUUAGGGAAAUCAGGAUUUCGUAAGGGAAUGGAUCUUUAUUUUCAAAGGCAUGAUGGGCAAGGAGUAACAUGUGAAGAUUUCUUUGCUGCUAUGUGUGAUGCUAAUGGUGCAAAAUUUUCUAAUUUCUUGUUAUGGUACUCACAAGCUGGAACUCCUGUUUUAAAGGUGGCAUCAUCAUAUGAUUUUGAAGCUCACACAUAUACACUCAAGUUCAUGCAACAAAUUCCUCCUACUUCAGGUCAACCAGUUAAAGAACCUAUGCUUAUACCAGUGGCUGUUGGAUUAUUGGGUUCUAAUGGAAAAGACAUACCCCUUACAUCUGUAUACAACAAAGAAUCCAUGCUUACCUUUGGAAGCAAAGAUCGUCCUGUGUCAACAGCUGUUCUCCAUGUUGAGAAGGAGGAAGAGGAGUUCAUCUUUUCCAAUGUUCCUGAAAAGCCAGUUCCAUCUCUACUACGAAACUUUAGUGCUCCUGUUCAUCUUGUUUCAGAUAUCAGUGAUGAUGAAUUGUUCUUUCUACUUGCAAAUGAUUCAGAUGAGUUCAAUAGGUGGGAUGCUGCCCAAACACUGGCAAGAAACCUCAUUCUUUCCCUUGUUGAUCAUGCACAAAAGAAUCAAGCAUUGAUUGUUGAUACGGAAUUUGUUAGUGGACUAAAGAGUCUUCUUUGUGAUCCUAAUCUGGACAAAGAAUUCAUAGCAAAUGCAAUCACCUUACCUGAAGAAGGAGAAAUCAUGGACCUCAUGGAUGUUGCUGAUCCGGAUGCUGUUCACAGGGUUCAUUAUUUUGUUAGAAAGCACCUUGCAUCUGAAUUGCGUACUGAGUUUCUCAGAGCAGUUGAGAAUAAUCAAAGCUCAGAUCCCUAUGAACCUAUUCAUGAAGAUAUGGCAAGGCGUGCUUUGAAAAAUACUUCCCUUGCUUAUCUCACCUCAUUGGAAGAUCCAGAUAUGACGGAACUUGCACUAAAUGAAUACAAAUCAGCAGCAAAUAUGACUGAACAAUUUGCAGCUUUAGCUGCUAUUGCCCAAAACCCUAGUGAUAUUAGAACUGAGGUUUUGUCAGAUUUUUAUCAAAAAUGGAAAGCAAAUGACUUGGUUAUCAAUAAGUGGCUAGCUUUGCAAGCAUACUCAGAUAUCCCAGGCAACAUCAAGAAUGUACAACUUUUGAUGCAGCAUCCUUCCUUUGACAUCCAUGAUGCUAACAAGGUCGGCGCUCUUAUUGGAGGAUUUUGUAGUUGUUUGGUUAACUUCCAUGCAAAAGAUGGCUCUGGGUACGAAUUUAUUGGAGAUGUUGUAUUGCAGCUAGAUAAACUUAAUCCACAGCUUGCAUCCUCCAUGGUUUCAGCUUUGUCAAGGUGGAAGAGGUUUGACAUGGGGAGACAAGCACUUGCAAAGGCUCAAUUGGAGCGGAUUAUUGCAUGUAAUGGUUUGUCAGAGAACGUUUAUGAAAUUGUGUCUAAAAGCUUGGCCAAUAGUUCUAUGGGAGAUAGCUCUAUAUGACUAGCAGCAUGGUAAUGCAACAAAAAGAUACCUUGGGUGCUCUACAAUUCACAACUUUCAUUUUGUAAUUCUUAGAUGCUUACAAACUAUGAUCAUUUGCAAUAAAUCUAGGUCCAAAAAGGCAACCUCUUAAUCUUUUUUUUCUUAAGUUUCUAGGUAGAGGUUCCAAUCUCGGCCUUCCUUUAGGUUUGUUUCUGGCAUAUGUGCACUAAUUUCAGUAAUAUAUCAAGAAAACUAAAGAAUUUGUUCGAUGUCAAUCAAUAUAAGUUUGAACUAUCUA